CAGCAGCAGAAGAAGAAAAAGAAGAAGAAGAGGAAGGUGAAAACACCUACUAAGAAAAAGGAGGCUACAGAGAAAGCCACGAGUGACCCAGGGAGCCAGACGACUGCACAGAAGCAUUCCAUUUCCAUCAAUCUUAAUCAUCUCCAUGGUCCUGAAAUAUCUGAGGCAGAAGCCACUUACAAGGACGUUAGUGCUCCAGAGGAGGCUGUUCUGGAAGGUCCAGUUGCCAGUGGACAGAACAUUUCAGGACAAAUGACUGGAGAAAGCUGGAACCCUGAGCUCAAACUACCGAGGACUCUUCAGCCCACUGAUGACGAGAAUGAGAAGAACCAGCCCUCUGGGGCACAGAGUUGGAAGUCUCUGCAGACAGAAGUUGAAGGCAUCACUUAGGCCAGCCUUAUCAGAUACCUCAGAUACCAGGUGUCUGAGGACAGUGACCUUUGACAUAGGGUAGAAAAAUGAGGGGAAUUCUGUUCCAGAGGCUUCACCAGGGCCUGAGUUUAGAGAUUUUUCAUUUAUUCUAUUGGCCUCUAAAAUAUGUGAGGGAGAAGAAGCCCUUUUAAACGUAGGUGACUUCUCCAUUGGGAAGGUCCAUUGAAACGUAGGUGACUUCUCCACUGGGGAGAAUAAUUUUAAUGAUUAAACACAACUGCUUCUCAAUCAGAA